AGCAGCAGCAGCAGUAGCAGCAGCAUUAGCAAUCACCCACCAUGGACAUCCGGCUCCUCACCAGCGCGGACCUGCCGCUCAUCCAGCACGCCAACCUCGAGAACCUGCCCGAGAACUACUUCCUCAAGUACUACCUGUACCACGCGCUGUCGUGGCCGCAGCUGAGCUUCGUGGCCGUCGACGCCAGCCGCCCGCGCGCCUCGCCCUACGAGUACCCCAAGAUCGUCGGCUACGUGCUGGCCAAGAUGGAGGAGGAGCCCGCCGACGGCGUGCCCCACGGGCACAUCACCAGCCUCAGCGUCAUGCGCACCCACCGCCGGCUGGGCAUCGCCGAGAAGCUGAUGCGCCAGAGCCAGCUCGCCAUGGUGGAAACUUUCCAGGCAAAGUACGUGUCCCUGCACGUGCGCGUCUCCAACGCCGCCGCGCGGCACCUCUACGAGGACACGCUGCGCUUCAAGAACGAGAAGACCGAGGCCAAGUACUACGCCGACGGCGAGGACGCCUUUUGCAUGCGCCUCGACCUCGACGACAUUCGCGCGCAGGUCAACGAAGCCCUGGCCGCCGAGGGUGGUGGAAACGACGACGACAAGAACAACAACAACGCGACGACGACAACGACAACGAACGGCAGCGGUGGCGGCGGCAGCGGCGGCUCUGAGGGAGUGGACGAGGGUGACGCCGUGGGCGAGGUCGGCCGCGACCCGGAGCAGAACAAAAAGGCCGCCGCUGCGGACGGCGGGCCCAAGGAAGAGGGCAGGAAGAUCAAGGUUGCUGUCGGGCGGGGGCUCGGCGUCGGCGACCUGGUGGAAAAGGUCGAGAGUAAGCACUAGAGGGGGUGCAGCGUUUUCCUCCCGUCGUAGGUGCGGCCGCUCUCUGUGCUGUGCCCUUCCCCGUGGUAUGAUCUAGACGGGAGCGAGUAAUAGUGUUGGAAGAGGGGGGUCGCUUCUGCUGUUGUCGGCAGCCGAACUGGUUGUGGGAGGGUUGCGUGAGGGUUGUACAGGGCGGGUUUGAGAGACUGGCUGGCGGUGCAUUUGUCAUGGGGAAAGACGAGGGAGGGUUUUAGAGAAAAAAAGGCAUCUACCGUACCAUACACGGCAUCAAGGGUCAAGCCACUCAUCAUUUAUCGUGGUCAAGGCACAAGGAGUCGGGUUGCAAUGGGAGAUUUUUUCAUGUCAUUGUCCCACAUACAUCGUCACGCUUUAUCCAACGUUGCUGAAAAC